AUGGAUGGAGGGGAUGACGGUAACCUUGUUAUCAAAAAGAGGUUUGUAUCUGAGGCAGAGCUAGAUGAACGGCGCAAAAGGAGACAAGAAGAAUGGGAAAAAGUUCGAAAACCUGAAGAUCCAGAAGAAUGCCCAGAGGAGGUUUAUGACCCUCGGUCUCUGUAUGAAAGGCUACAGGAACAGAAAGACAGGAAGCAGCAGGAGUAUGAAGAACAGUUCAAAUUCAAAAACAUGGUAAGAGGCUUAGACGAAGAUGAGACCAACUUCCUUGAUGAGGUUUCUCGGCAGCAAGAACUAAUAGAAAAACAGCGAAGAGAAGAAGAACUGAAAGAACUGAAGGAAUACAGAAUAUCCUUUGUUGGAAUUUCUUCAGAAAACAAGAAGGAAGUGGAGAAGAAAGCUGUGAAACCCAUAGAAACCAAGAACAAGUUCUCCCAGGCAAAGCUGUUGGCAGGAGCUGUGAAGCAUAAGAGUUCAGACAGUGGAAACAGUGUGAAAAGACUGAAAUCGGACCCUGACCCAGAUGAUAAGAAUCAAGAAGCCCCGUCCUGCGUGUCUCUGGGAAGCACCUCCCUGAGCAGUCCCUCCAUCCACUGCCCGUCCGCGGCUGUCUGUAUUGGCAUCCUUCCGGGCCUGGGCGCCUACUCCGGGAGCAGCGACUCUGAAUCCAGCUCAGACAGCGAAGGCACUAUCAACGCCACGGGCAAGAUUGUCUCCUCCAUCUUCCGAACCAACACCUUCCUCGAGGCCCCCUAG